UAUCAAAAGCACCCUAUUUUGGAGGGACCUGGUCUAAUAUUUUUAUAAUUGUCCUCAAUAGCACAAAAAUUUGGCUCCAUUAAAACAAACGAACGGAAGAAGAUUCUGGAGUAAGGACGGUACAACAGGACUGGAAACUCCCCCAACUGCAGAGUACAGUACUGGUCUCUGUCUGAAAUACGUACGUGAAGUACAUACGUACAUGUAGUCAGAAGCGGGAGGACUACGUACGUACCGGGGGAGGGGCUGCUUCGAUCGUCGAGUUAGGGUGGGUCGCAGAUGUGGGGGCCGGGGGGUAACUACGUACCGCAAUAGUCCGACGGCGGCCCGCUGCGAAACCAACCAGUUUCUCCUUGCGCUUGCUGGCUUGUCUUCCCCCUCCCUCUUCCGCUUUCUCCGCAGCCGGUGUUCGGUAGCUGCCUCCCCGUCGUUCCCCUGCUGCUCUGCUCUGCCUGCCUGUUUGUCUGGCUGUCUGUGUGCGUCUGGCUGCUUGCCUGACAGGACGAAGCGAGGUUGAAUCAAUGCUGCGCUGCUCUGCUCUGCUCGGGUCUUGUUGUUGGUGGGUGCGUACGCAUGAAUGAAUGAAGGAAUGAAUGCAUGAUACAGCUCCUUCCGCUGCCCUCUCCGGCGAUCGCUCGAUCCAUCGAUCGAUGUCCGACCGAGCUUCUGCUCUCGCUCGCGACCAGGCGCGACUCCUUAUAGAAAGUUCGGCCUCGACCUUUCCAAAAUAGCGAAGAAAAAUGUUGCGGAGAAAGUGAAGCCGAUGAUGAAUCGACCGGAGCGGUGUCGGAAGUAACUUCUGAACUUUGGUGUUCUCUUCUCAUCUGGAAGGGAAUGAAUCAUGAAGAAAGUUCACUACAUGGACGAUGAAGUAAUUGGCUCAGAGAGCCCGCAGGGACGUGAUGCAUCCUUGUUCAAACCAUCCAAGUCAGAAAUCAACUUAUACCAGCGUCAUGUGGAGGACAUACUCUCUGACUCAGCUUAUAAGCCUGACGGGGAAAAAAUUUCAUUACGUAACCUCUUGGACAUAUCUCCCACCCUGAGUGAGGCAGCAAGCGCUAUUAUCGAUGAUUCAUUCACCAGGUGCUUCAAGUCUAAUCAAACCGAACCAUGGAACUGGAACAUAUACCUGUUUCCACUCUGGUGUCUUGGAGUCAUUGUCAGAUACGGUAUUCUAUUCCCUAUCAGACUUGUGCUCCUCACCCUCGGAUGGAUAAUCUUCCUCGGACUCUUCCUCCCCGUUCAUUUCGGUAUCAAGAACCAUGAGGAAGUACGAAAAACCAUCGAACGGGGUUUAGUGGAGUUCAUUUGCAGCGUGUUCGUGGCGUCAUGGACUGGCGUUGUUCGGUACCACGGCCCGCGACCGAGCCGACGGGCCAAGCAGAUCUUUGUAGCAAAUCAUACGUCCAUGAUUGACUUCAUCAUCUUGGAGCAAAUGACGGCGUUUGCUGUCAUCAUGCAGAAGCAUCCCGGAUGGGUUGGUCUUCUGCAGACUACUGUUUUGGAAAGCCUGGGCUGCAUAUGGUUCGACCGCACCGAGUCCAAGGACAGAUCGAUUGUUGCGCAGAAGCUCAAGCGGCAUGUAGAAUGCGAGGACAGCAACCCUUUGCUGAUAUUUCCAGAAGGAACGUGCGUCAACAACGAGUACACAGUGAUGUUCAAAAAGGGCGCUUUUGAACUGGACUGCACUGUGUGUCCGAUCGCCAUAAAGUACAACAAAAUAUUUGUCGAUGCGUUUUGGAACAGCAAGAAGCAAUCCUUCACGAUGCACCUGAUAGGGCUCAUGACCUCGUGGGCUGUAGUGUGUGACGUAUGGUACCUCGAACCGCAGACCCUGAAACUUGGAGAGACCCCAAUAGAGUUCGCCGAAAGGGUACGUGAGAUGAUAGCAAACAGAGCUGGAAUCAAAAAGGUUCCCUGGGAUGGCUACUUAAAAUAUUAUCGGCCCAGUAUCAAGCUCACGGAGAAGAAGCAGCAGAAAUUCGCAGAUGCGCUAGUCAGUCGACUCGGAGAUUCCGUGGACUGGAGGUAGAGUGUUAGUGGCUGUGCAAGUUGAGAUGAUCUUGUUCAUGAGGCGGAGCGAAUGAUGCUUUACCGUAGACCAAGAACUUCUGCCAUCUGCAAUCAAAAUAACGGAUACUACUCCUCGUGAGGAGCAGAACUCCCUCCGCGGAGGGUGUGAUCAUUUUGACCACAGCUCUCCUGCGUGUACUUGACUCAACUUAUAAAGUAUUACGCCGUUCAAACGUCGGUA